UGUGUGUGUGUGUGUGUGUGUGUUGUUUCCACCACAGAAAUACGAAUCUCAUAGGAAUGUUUAGUUGGGUAUGGAUCUUCCUCCUCCGGGGCCGGACGAACCAGUAUAUCGCAACAUGCAUGGGCCAAACCCGUGGCCAGAGGAAGCCGCAGUGCCUGGAUUCCGUCAAGCUGUGAAAACCUACCUGGAGUAUAUCCGGCGGGUGACGGACGAGUUUAAAGUCUUGGUGGCAGAAGCACUGGAUCUCAAGUCAACAGCGUUCCUCGACUUCUUCGACGAACAAUGCACGAGUCGCUUUACCCUCAAUAAAUAUUCCCUGCCCAAGUCCACUGGACCCGUGGACAAACUUCAGGGUCAUCUGGCUCACACGGAUGGAAGCUUCUUGACAUUUCUCCUGCAGGGAACGACGCAUGGCGGACUCGAAGUUCAGAAUAAGUCUGGCGUGUGGAUUCCCGUUCCUCCCUUGCCUGGGACAUUGGUGGUGAAUCUUGGUCGGCAGAUGGAGUCGGUCACGGGCAGGAUCUGUACAGCGACAACCCACAGGGUGACGCUCAGUCGGAGGAAUUUCACCAGCCCGGACGGGUGUACCUUGGGACCGCGAUUCUCGUUCGCACUCUUCCAAAACCUCAGUCUAGACCUUUCAAGAGAUGCCAUGUCUGUUGAGAUCCCUGCCCAUAUUUCUCGGCUGGUCCAUGGUGAACAGCCCAAGUCCGAUGCAAAGCGGUGGUUCUGCGACUCCUCCAAACCCGGGACGGCUAUUGGGGAUGAGCUCUUCGCUGUUCGGGUCCUGCGACACCCGGAGGUGGGGCAAAAGUGGUAUCCUGACAUAUUGGCAAAAGCGAGAGCACAUCAAGCGGCUAGAAACUAAACUAGUUAUUAGACAGC